UGGCUGGGAAGCCUUGGUGCGAGGUAAAGACCCCCUUCCCCCAGCUCAUAAAGGCCCUUAGAAUGCAUUUUCCAGUGGAGAAAAAUGAGGCCCGCAGAGAAGGGAGUGUCCCAAGGUCACCCAGUGACGUAAUAUUGGAUGAGAACUCGGGCUUCUGACCCCCUCUGGUCAUGUUAACCUCUUUCCCACUGUAUGCCCAGAGCAGUUUGUUUGCACUGAGCUGUGCUUAGGAAGCUGUCCAGCCAGGCCUCCUUUAGCUGCGCUGCAGCCUUUGUCAAGCGGGAGCGAGUGUAGCCCGCCCUCUGCGCUUCGCCGGGCACGCGAUAAGCGGGUUAGAUUUCAAUCUGUGUUCGAUCAGUGGGGAAGGCCUUUCCUAGGAGGUAGCCAGAACAGAGAGCUGUAAACUCCUUGAAGUGCAAGAGGCUGCUUCUGGAGCGGCUCUCCCUCGUCUUUGCCUCCUUUACCGCGUCAUCUCACCAAUCCAGAUUGAAAUCAUGGCAGGUCCAGAAACUGAUGCCCAGUACCAAUUCACUGGUAUCAAAAAAUAUUUCAACUCUUACACUCUCACAGGGAGAAUGAAUUGUGUACUGGCCACAUACGGAGGUAUUGCUUUGAUAGUUUUAUACUUUAAGUUAAGGUCUAAAAAAACUCCAGCUGUGAAAGCAACAUAAACGGAUUCUCAAUUGUACCUCAUCUGUUAAGUUCCCAUGCCUAAAGAAGCUAAUGUCAACUCAUCAUGUGAUACUCGAUUUGUACAAUAAAUUAUGAACCUGGAAAA